CCAUAUAUCUUCCUAUCCCAUUUCCAAACUUUUAAGUUUUCAAAUAUCAAAACCUCAAAAACACAAACAAAAAUGAAGAGCUUCACCUUAAGAUCACAAUUCUACAUCCCAAAUCACUCAAAUCUCAUCCCCAAGAACCCAUCACAACUCACUAAAGCACAUCCAAGAUUCAAACUAUCAAACAAACCAAUACAGUUUGACUUACAAAAAGUCAAAACUGUUCCAAAAUGCAACAAGUUAUCUUCUAUAGAAAAACUAUCAGAACAUGCAGAGCCUUAUCCAAAUGGGCCUCUAGAAAAAGUUGACAGCUCAAGAUAUGUGAUAGUAGGAGCUGUUUCUGUUGGGCUAAUGAUGCUGCUUAUGAGUUUUGAUGAUAACCAAAAGGCAUUAGCAUUUGGACCAGAAGGCCCAUUAAUGGAAGAUUUUUGGGAUAAUAUGAGAAGAUAUGGGCUAUAUGCAUUGACUGUGAGUAGUGGUGUUUUAUAUGCAGUUUUUCAGCCUCUUUAUGAGUUAUUGAAGAACCCCAUUUCAGCCAUUCUUGUUUUGACAAUUCUUGGUGGUGGAUUUUAUAUUGUUUCUCAAGUGGUUUCUGCCAUGGUUGGCAUUACCGAGUUUAGUUACGAGUAUACUUACUAGCUAUUAUGUUUUAAUAACUGGACAUGUUUAUCAUAUGAUGAUAAUAGUUAUUGUAAUCAUAAACUUUGGUUGAUUCUAUAUUUGUUUUAAUAGAAUAUGCUAUAGUUUUAUGGUUA